AAAUUUUUUUUUAUCCCUAAUCAAAACAGGCCCUAACUAAACAAGGCCCGAAGAGGAAUGCCGCCUCUGUUGUGGCAGGUGCAAGUGCCCCGUGCAGAGUCGCAGCUCUUCUCCUUGCCCCUCCCUCCCUGCCUGCCUCCCUCGGAACUGGAAAGGUAGUAGAAGGAGGGGAUAAUAACCCCACCUUGGCCACUCCACUCUUCCGAGUCCUCUCCUCUCCUCCCCAAAUUGAAUUCGAAUCAAAAUCAAAACCAAAAUCAAAGCAACUCAGCGAUUCGAUUAGCGGCCCGUGAAGCGGGAUGCCGCCGCGCACGGCUCCGGCGGCCCCGACCCCGCCGCGGAAGGUGCCCCUCCGGAAGCUGCUGCGUGCGGCGUCGGUCGCCUGCGGGGUGCAGUUCGGCUGGGCGCUGCAGCUGUCGUUGCUGACCCCGUACGUGCAGGAGCUGGGCAUCCCGCACGCCUUCGCCAGCCUCGUCUGGCUGUGCGGCCCGCUGUCGGGCCUCCUCGUCCAGCCCCUCGUCGGCCACCUCUCCGACCGCCUCGCCCCCGCCGCCUCGCCGCUCGGGCGCCGCAGGCCCUUCAUCGCCGCCGGCGCCGCGUCCAUCGCCGCAGCCGUGCUCACCGUCGGCUUCUCCGCCGACCUCGGCCGACUCUUCGGCGACGACGUCACCCCGGGCUCAACGCGCCUCGGCGCCAUCUGCGUCUACCUCGUCGGAUUCUGGCUGCUCGACGUCGGCAACAACGCCACGCAGGGGCCCUGCAGGGCCUUCCUCGCCGACCUCACAGAGAACGACCCAAGGAGGACUCGGAUCGCUAAUGCAUACUUUUCACUCUUCAUGGCCCUGGGAAACAUACUUGGAUAUGCCACCGGAGCAUACAGUGGAUGGUAUUCGAUAUUUCCUUUCACUGUUACAGAGUCCUGCGGAGUCAGUUGUGCCAACCUUAAGUCUGCCUUUCUUCUUGACAUUAUUAUUCUGGUGAUUACAACGUACAUCACUGUAGCAUCCGUGCAAGAGCCUCAAACUUUUGGAAGUGAUGAAGCACAAAACCCAGGUGCUGAACAGGAAGCUUUCCUCUGGGAACUUUUUGGGUCAUUAAGAUACUUCACCCUACCAAUUUGGAUGGUCUUAAUUGUCACUGCCCUUACGUGGAUCGCAUGGUUUCCUUUUACCCUCUUUGAUACUGAUUGGAUGGGCCGAGAAAUCUACCGAGGAAGCCCAGACAACCCAGGAGAGACCCAAAGGUAUCAUGAUGGUGUGAGGAUGGGUUCUUUUGGUCUCAUGCUCAACUCUGUCGUCCUUGGAUUCACCUCUGUUGUGCUAGAAAAGUUAUGUAGGAAGUGGGGAGCUGGACUUGUAUGGGGUGUCUCCAAUAUUAUAAUGACUUUGUGCUUCUUGGCAAUGCUUGUAAUAACAUAUGUUGCACAGAACAUGGAUUAUCCAUCCACUGGUGAACCUCCGACUGGCAUUAUCGUUGCCUCUUUGGUGGUUUUUACGAUUUUAGGGGCACCCCUGGCAAUCACAUACAGUAUACCAUAUGCAAUGGCUGCUAGUCGUGUUGAAAAUCUUGGUCUUGGCCAAGGUCUAGCAAUGGGUAUUCUCAAUUUAGCUAUUGUCGUACCACAGGUUAUUGUGUCACUUGGGAGUGGGCCAUGGGAUCAAAUGUUCGGCGGUGGAAAUGCACCGGCCUUUGCGGUGGCAGCCGGUUCAUCUUUCAUCGGUGGGCUGGUGGCUAUUCUGGGGCUUCCUCGGGCACGCAUUGCAUCCUCAUCCUCCUCAAGGAGGAGAGGUGGCACGCACCGAUAAGUUUGCUCAUUACCAUUACAGACACCAUGUGAAUGCUUUGGAAGAGUUGCAGCUUGCAACAAUUCUUUGCGGUUGGCUGGGCACAUCAAGCCUGGCACGCGUGGAAACUCUUGUGGGUUGGAGAAGAGCACAGGGAGCUCUUGAAUGCUGUCCUUUUUGGUGGUUUGCCCCGUUGAGCUAUUUUUGCAGCCUUGUCUCCAAAUCUUUGUUGUUUAAUUCACAUCACAUUGAAUGUAUGUAUGUAUGUAUGUACGUAUUUGUAUGUAUGUGGAUCAUUUGUAGAGAGGUCAAUCAAUGAAUAAAAGUUACAGGAGUUAACGUUUA